CCAUUUCUUCCCUUGUCUGAUAGUGGUGUUAUAUAUGAUUCUGAUGAAAGUGUUCAUAGUGAUGACGAAGAUGACAGUGCCUUUUUUUCAGACACACAAAUACAGGAGCACCAGGAUCCAAAUUCCUAUAGCUGGGCACUUCUACAUUUGACAAUGGUUAAGCUGGUACUUCAUAACAUCAAGACUUUCUUUCCCAUUGCUGGACUGGAAUUCUCAGAGCUGCCUGUAACAUCACCAUUAGGCAUUGGUGUAAUUAAAAACCUGGAGAACUGGGAACAGAUCCUGCAAGAGAAAAUGGAUCAGUUUGAAGGUCCACCCCCUAAUUAUGUCAACACAUAUCCAGCUGACCUUUCAGUAGGAGCUGGACCAGCUAUUCUUCGAAAUAAAGCAAUGCUAGAACCUGAAAAUACUCCAUUCAAGUCUCGGGAUUCUUCUGCACUUCCAGUCAAACGACUUUGGCAUUUCCUUGUUAAACAAGAAGUCCUUCAAGAAACAUUUAUUAGAUAUAUUUUCACUAAGAAACGAAAGCAGAGUGAGUCUGUAGAAGAACAUGUGGAGCAGGUCAAACACAACUACGUUUCAGAAGAUUACCACAUCAAGGUUGAAGCUGAUCUGGGCUAUCCAGGAGGAAAGGCAAAGAUCAUUCACAAGGAAUCCGACAUGAUCAUGGCGUUUUCUGUUAACAAGGCAAACUGUAAUGAGAUUGUUUUGGCUUCCACACAUGAUGUUCAAGAACUUGAUGUCACUUCUCUAUUGGCCUGUCAAUCAUAUAUAUGGAUUGGAGAAGAAUAUGACAGAGAAUCUAAAAGUUCAGAUGACAUCGAUUAUCGUGGUUCCACCACAACUCUUUAUCAGCCCAGUGCAGCACCCCACUCAGCAAGUCAGCUGCAUCCACCUUCGUCUCUGCCAUGGCUGGGCAGUGGACAGACCAGCACUGGAGCUAGUGUGCUUAUGAAAAGGAAUCUCCAUAAUGUUAAAAGAAUGACCUCACACCCUGUCCAUCAAUACUAUCUUACAGGUGCUCAGGAUGGCAGUGUACGAAUGUUUGAGUGGACACGACCUCAGCAGCUUGUCUGCUUCCGCCAAGCUGGCAAUGCACGUGUUACUAGAUUGUAUUUUAACUCACAGGGCAACAAGUGUGGUGUUGCUGAUGGUGAGGGUUUUCUGAGUAUCUGGCAGGUUAACCAGACUGCAUCAAAUCCUAAACCUUACAUGAGUUGGCAGUGCCACAGUAAAGCCACAAGUGACUUUGCCUUUAUUACCUCUUCAAGUCUAGUUGCAACAUCUGGACAGUCCAAUGACAAUAGAAAUGUAUGCCUCUGGGACACACUGAUAUCACCUGGAAACAGCCUCAUCCAUGGUUUCACCUGCCAUGAUCAUGGUGCCACGGUGCUUCAGUAUGCACCCAGACAGCAACUCCUAAUCUCUGGAGGUAGAAAAGGAUACAUCUGCAUUUUUGACAUCAGACAGAGACAGCUAAUUCACACAUUCCAGGCACACGACUCAGCUAUUAAGGCUUUGGCUCUGGAUCCCUGUGAGGAAUAUUUUACCACAGGUUCAGCAGAAGGUAACAUAAAGGUUUGGAGAUUGACAGGCCAUGGCCUAAUUCAUUCAUUUAAGAAUGAACAUGCUAAGCAGUCCAUAUUCAGAAACAUUGGAGCUGGAGUCAUGCAGAUCGACAUCAGCCAGGACAACCGGCUCUUCUCCUGUGGUGCAGAUGGCACAUUGAAAACCAGGGUUCUGCCCAAUGCUUUUAACAUCCCUACCAGAAUCCUUGACAUUCUCUAAAGACCGGGGUUUAUUUUUAUAUACAUACCAAUUAAAAACAUAAAGCAGGAAGUAGGCAGUUUUGCUUCCCAAGCAGUCGUUCACACAUUGAAAACAAUACAGAGAGUCUCUGUAGAAUUUGAAUCUGACCCAGGCUGAGUGUUGCUGACCCAGGUUGCUAGAGUCAUGUGCAUGUCUCAUUGUAAUCAACCCUGUCUGUAUGAAGGGAAGUUGUCCUUUACAGCAUCUAGCAAACCUGAUUCAGGAAACAUUUGAGGGUAGCUAACAGUAAGUUCAAAUAAUGAGCAGGACCUUUACACCAAAUUAAGGAAGAAAAUGUUGCUGAUUCAGGUUUUUUUCUUCCUGUUCUUACCACUGACUGAAGCAUGCCUGCAGUUUUCUUCUCUGUUGAGUGAAGGGUAGUCAUAAGGUGUUAGGAGCUCUAUAUCACCACAAAAAUGUUCUUAGCUAUGGGGCAGUGCAGUUUGCUGUGUGAGAGGUCAUUUCCACUCUUUCCUGCUGAAUAUUUUUCCUGUUAGUGUUUAUACUGAGCUAGUACUGUAACUUGAAAAUGAGUGCAAAUUUAAAUGCAAUGUUUUCCUCACAAUUUGCACAUUCACAUUUUUUGAACUGCUAGUUUUUCUAUUUAAACAUUUGCCUUCAUGUUAGGAAUGUAAUAUGUGACCAUGACAUAUUUGUAGUUAACCAAAAAUCCAGUUUAGUACUUUUUCUUUUCAUAUAUUCAAGGUUAAACACCUAUAACAUUUGAGGCUAUGUUGAAACUAUACCAAUAAAGCAUUUCAUACCAAUUAAAAUGAAUGCUAGGCUUCUUGCGGCCAGUUAGUAGUUGAUGAGAUUGGUGAUACUAUUUAUUGCCACAGCCUAUUGUAUAAACUAUGCAGAGUUAAAUAUUAUUUGCUUGUAAAAUAUUAGCAAAUGUCAUAUUUUGAUGUGUUUCCUUGGUUAUGACCAAAAAUAUGUUCUUGAGAUACUGAAACCAAUGUCUGUGUGUGUUUAAAUGUUUACCAGCAUAUUGUCUCAUCUUGUUAAUGAGAAUGUUAAUGCCUGUGUAGUAAAUAGUAAAAUAUAAUGGUGUAAAAGCACCUUUCUCUGAAGGCAAUGUGAUGUCCAUGCUGUGAAAUACAGAUGAAAAAGAAAAAUAAGUGUUGUUUGAGUUUUAUCGUAGUUUG